GCGAUCUGACUUUCUCUGCCAAGAGUACCCUUCCCCAUCUGAGGGAAGGUAUUUUGGUAGCGUAUAAACGAGGCGAUGUCCUCUUGCAUAUGAUAUGAUCUGGGAUGCACUUGCUUUGCUACUUUCAUGGUGGUAUAUGAUACGUUUCCUUUUCUUUUUCAUGUUGAAUAUUGGCGUUUUGCAAGGUUGAAUCACGGAAAUUGGCAACCAUGGGGUAUGGCUGGCUACCACGGGUUACUCGCAUGAAUUGCAUACGGUAUAUGUGCCCUGUCUUCAUCUUUCACGUUUUGCUUUCUGUUCGCGUCAAUUGCACUGCCCGAAUUUGGACGGUCACCGACGGCAUUUCUUCAACGUCUUUUGGUGCUCAAAAGGGGAAAUGGAAUACACAAAAACAAUCACCCAGCAUGGGCCUGGGGACCCUCGAUAUACAGAAAUGGAGUGCCGGCAUUGUCUCUUAUACAUCCUGGCCCCUUUUGUUGGCAUUUCUCUUCGUUCUUGUUCUGUUCUUGUUCCUGUGUUCUGUGGCUGGCAACGCAUCUUUGAAUAUUAUAUCCCACCGGCAUGAUCAUCAUCAUCAUCAUCAUCAUCAGUUACCAUUGUCGAUAUACCAACAUAGCAGGGUGCCAGGCGAGUGGGUUUAUUGCUUUUGUUAUCUACUCAUCAUUAUUUGCAUACCUCACCUGUUUCAUGUCUGUGUGUUUUGUGCUUCUAGUAUCAGAAUCGUGUCCCUGCCCUGCUUUUCUUCACCUUGUGUUCACAAUUUCUACGGCAGCGAGGAUGCGAAAUGGGGCGGAGUCUAGACAUUGGGAGAUUUACAUAGGAAAGAAAAUCUUCACAAGAAAUGAGAAAAAAAAAAGUUGAC